CCAGAAUCAUCAUGUAAAUUAACUGAAUGGACGACGACUGUUGCUUGUUGGGAAGAAAUUAACGUUACCUAGAGGGCGCUGUAAACUACAGUGCCUGUACACGUUAUCAUCCAUUAGGGGGCGUGGUAAGCAUGGUGCAGCUGUUUUAUUAUGAGACUCGGGGCAAAUGUUGCCGCAAGGUGUUUAACUAUGAGGGUUACCCUACCAAGGUGAUGUUGUUUCCGUACGAGGGUUGGGCCCAGCCAGCUCUCGUAUCCUACUGGCUUCUAAAAACCUAUUGGUGGAGCAGAUCACGCUGUAAGAUUGUUGAGGUCUCAGGGGUCAAAAAACGUACCACCAAAGGCAAAAUGGCAGACAAGGGCAGUGGCGCCAUGACCAUAACGGGGAAAUUCAAAGACACUGUAUCUCCUGAUUUUAAGAUGACGUUGACGACGAAUAUAAGUAACGCCGAUUUCCAACUCGGGUACUGCGUCACUGGAACGCUUGAACGAGGUGACAAGAAAAGGUCUGAUCUCCAACUAACACAUUUUGCUAUGGUUAAGAGAAAAGGAUAUUGACAUUACCCAUGUGAUCGUUUCCAUCUUGCGAAAAGUCUAACAUUGCUAUUUUGUCCAUUGUAUUCCAAAUUAGGCGCUACAUGAAAUUGCCAGAAAACUUAUCGCCCAAUACAGACCUAGAUGGACGCCCAUUCUCUUGUUCCAUUCCAGUGCAAUAGCUAUACGUCGUCAUUCCGUGUUGUGCCAAUGCAGUGUGUCCGCCAGCCAUAAGUAGUCGAUAAGAACUUCAUUCCUGUUGUGUACUUGAAAUAGAUAUUCCGAAUCAAAAUUCGGAAUGAAUAGUAUUUCUGAAUGAGAGUUUCUAGUAGGUUAUUAUGUUUAUUGAUGUGGAUAUUUUGUUUGAGUUGUGAGUAACCACACACCGAAAGGAUUCUGAGAGGAGUUACGUUAUUUAGAAGAUUAUUUGUUAUAUUAGAAGUCUUUAAAGUCUAUUCUUUUCGUUGUCACGUAGUUAAGUCUUUGUGCCAAGUUGUAGUGAAUUUGUUUUAGAUAUAUAUAUAAAGAUAUAUAUAGAUUGAUAUUGUUAGAGAUGUAUGCUUUGUCACAUUUAUGAAAAGAAAAAUAACAUAUCUUAAUAUGAUUUCAAGACGUCCAACUCAUCACUUUUAUUAAUAAUAGAUAUUGACUUGUCAGUCGUUAACCGUGUCAAUGUGAAAUAAAUUCGUGAGAGAGAUACCGUUUAUUUUGUCAUAUGCUUCAAACAAACUGCAUUUAGUGUUUAACUUUACCAAACAGUUAGGCCAUUUCUUGCAAUAAAAUUGUCGUUACUGGCUUAAAACACAGUUCGACGUUGUACUAGAUGAUAUAAAUUGC